AUGUCUACAGCAUCAUCAGCUAUUACAUCACCAUAUUUGUUAUCUCAAUCUAGUAUAAAUACUUUAUCUAUAACAUCUACACUAACUUCACUAAUAUCUUUAUCAAAUCAAAUAUAUGGAAUUAUGUUUUCAAAUCUAGAGUUUCUUAGAGUUGUUAUUUUUACAGAUAUUUCUACAUUGAUUGCCAAAGCUGCUAAGAAUUCAUUUGAUACAUCUCAAAUACAAUAG